CAAUUCACCUCUUCUAGCACUAAAAAACACACAUCUAUCUAACUGUUGCUAUGGCGAAGAUUUCAUUUGCUGCAGCUCUUCUCUUGUGCUUGUUAGCCGUUGCAAGUGCCAACACCUUCACCGUCACCACCACCGUGACGGAGAAUGAUAUCGACAAUCAAGGGUCACAGAGGUGCCAAGAGCAGAUCCAAAGACAGAGGCUGAACAACUGCAGGAUGUACCUUUCAAGAAGCCGCCAGUAUUAUGGCGAUGAGCUGAGCAUGGUGACAGAUGAUGAGGAGAGCAACCAAGGUCAGCAGCAUCUCCAACAAUGUUGCCAAGAAUUGAGGAACAUGGGCACUCAAUGCCGCUGCGAGGCACUUAGGAGAAUGGUGACGCAGCAGCUUGGCGGCCGUGGCCAAGAGGCAGAGCGCAUCUCAGAGAGAGCUCGUUAUCUCCCCCGUAUGUGCAACAUCCAGCCUACCCAGUGCCGCUUCUAAGCUGAACAUAUCAAAAUGGCGUUUGUCAAUAAAAACACACCAUCGUGUGUGAGCUAGCUUAGUUAGAGACUGUUCUCUGUCUAGCUAGUGUUUUAUGUUUUGAUCGAAUCUUAUGGAGGAUAAGGCGGCCAUGAAUGUAAGA